UGGGAGAUGAAUCGGAUUUCACAGCUGGCUUUACCAUCCGUAACCUGUCUGGGACUAAAUGUACCUGGAUGACUGCAGAGUCCGGAUCCGGUUUUUAAGGACCUCCAUCUUUUUCUGUGCCUCAUUCGAAGAGUCCUGUGAAGACAGAAGAAGACGAGUGGUGGAUUUAUAGUUAAAAUACAACACUAUGUUGAUGGAACUCUGUUAGAUGUAAAGUUUGCGCCAUCUGAAACUGUACGCACAGGGGGAAAAACCUCGAGAGCGCAAGACGGAUGUAAAUUUUAAAACAUUUAACGCAAAGAAGCGGUGCGCGCUCUCGCCGCGGCGCAGCAUCAGGACCAGCAUCCAAUGCGCGUCACCGCUCCGGCAGAAGCUGCCGACAUCCCGGGAAGAGGAGUUGGAACUGCGGGAGUUAAAGUUGGGCUGGAGGGGUGUGAGAGGAUGCUGCAGGACUAUCCACCAUCUUCUUAAUGCGGAGAAGCGUGUCCUAAAUGAAGGAUGACUUGCAUAACACUGAGCAUAUGCCUCUUGUUUUUGGGUUUCCAACAAUGCUGGUCACGAGAUUGUGUGGACCCGCUGGUCUCUGGACUCUAUGCCUCUUCCUUCCUGGCCUCUUCCAGAUAUAAUUUCCUUUACUCAGCAAAUUUUGCCAAACUAUAUGGCAGCAGUGGCUGGUCCCCCUCGCUCAGGGACAGACAGCCAUGGUUGCAAGUGGACUUGGGAAGAAAGUACAGACUGGUGGCCAUUGCCACACAGGGGACCUUCAACUCAUACGACUGGGUCACCAAGUACACGCUGCUGUAUGGAGACAGACCGGACUCCUGGACGCCAUACAUCAUGAAAGGAGGCAACUCGACGAUGCCAGGGAACUGGAACUAUUAUCAAGUGAAGAGGAAUGUCUUCCAUUACGCCUUUACUGCUAAACACAUCCGCCUGCUGCCUCUAGCCUGGAACACGGAGAAUGGAGGGAAGAUUGGCGUGAGGCUGGAGCUAUUUGGCUGCUCUUAUGAUUCCUACGUACUGCAGUAUAACGGGGAUGACUCAUUGGUCUAUAAGUACCCUGGGGAGACAUCUCGGACCCUCACAGACCAUAUUGCCAUUAAUUUCAAGACUCUGGAGCAGGAUGGGCUGCUGCUACACAGUGAGGGAAUACAGGGGGAUGUCUUCACAUUAGAGCUAAAGAAAGGCCGUCUGUACCUCCACAUUAGCCUGGGAAACAGCAUUGUCGACAAAAUUAACGGUCGAACUACACUUACAGCCGGAAGCCUUCUAGAUAACUUACACUGGCACUACGUGACCAUCAAGCGCCAUGGUCGACAGGUCAACCUGACCGUAGACAGUCACGCUGUCACAGGUAUUUGUAACGGAGAUUUCACCCACAUGGAUCUUGAUAGCCAGUUGUAUGUGGGAGGAGUUAUAGAGCCAAACAUGCCUCACCUGCCUACUACACCAAACUUCCGAGGUUGCUUGGAGAAUGUAUUCUUUAAUGGGGUUAACAUCAUUGACAAAGCUAAGAGAGAAGAACCGGACAUCCGCAUACCACGGAAGAAAAAAAUGCACUUUGCCUGCCGGGACAUCCUCCUCAAACCCAUGACUUUCGCUGGACCCAACAACUACCUUCAGGUUCCCGGCUUCUUCAGGAGGCCUCGUAUGUUUGUCAAGUUCAAGUUCCGCUCCUGGGACUACACCGGGCUUCUCAUGUUCACUCGAUUCGCGGAUGAUCUGGGCGCACUUGAGCUGGGCCUGAGUGAGGGUCAGAUCAAUGUCACCAUUUUCCAGCCAGGAAAGAAGAAACUACAGUUUGCCGCAGGUUACAGACUCAACGAUGGCUACUGGCAUUCGGUAGAUUUAGCAGCCAGAGACAAUCUGCUGACACUCACUAUUGACGAGGAGGAGGGAUCCCCGCUGAAGAUCACAAACCCGUUCACAAUACGCACUGGGGACAGAUACUUUUUUGGAGGUUGCCCGAAAACCAACAACACAAUACGGAAAUGCGAGACAAAGUUAAAUCGCUUCCAUGGCUGUAUGCAACACAUCUUCAUAGACAAUGAGCAGCUCGAUAUAGACAUUAUUCUGCAAAGACAAUGGGGGCGCUAUGCUGAACUGCUGCUGGGAACAUGUGGCAUCACUGACAGAUGUUCUCCAAAUCCAUGCGAGCAUGAAGGCCGAUGCAUCCAGUCCUGGGAUGACUUCAUCUGUCUGUGUGAAAACACGGGCUAUAAAGGAGAAGUGUGUCACAUGUCGGUUUAUAAAGAAUCAUGUGAGGCCUAUAGACUAAGUGGAAAGUACUGGUCAGGGAAUUACACCAUUGAUCCGGACCUUAGUGGACCACUGAAGCCGUUUGAGGUCUACUGCAAAAUGAAGUCAUACAAAGCCUGGACGUUGAUAAUGAAUGACCGCGUGGAGGGCACCAAGGUCACCGGCAGCUCAAUAGACAAACCCUACAUAAUGAAUGUCAACUACUGGAAUGCUUCAUGGGAUGAAGUGACCGCUCUUGCGAACACCUCCAUGUACUGUGAGCAGUGGAUCGAUUACUCCUGCUACAAGUCCAGACUGUUAAACACCCCAAAUGGAAGACCGUACAGUUACUGGAUCGGACGAAACAAUGAGAGCCACUAUUACUGGGGUGGAACGUUCAGGGAGGUUCAAAAGUGUGGCUGUGCCAUCAACCAAACCUGUGUGGACCCCAAAUUUCAGUGCAAUUGUGACGCAGACUACAGACAACGGUACAAUGAUAAAGGAUACCUGGAUUUUAGAGACCAUCUUCCUGUAAGAAAGGUUGUGGUGGGUGACACCAAUCGGACUGGUUCGGAAGCUCACAUCACAGUUGGACCCCUGCGUUGUCAUGGAGACAGAAACAUCUGGAACACCAUAUCCUUUGUCAAGCCUACCUUCAUCACCUUUCCAGUCUUCAACCCUGGCUCAAGUGCAGACAUCUCCUUCCACUUCAAAACAUAUCGCGACCAUGGUGUUUUCUUAGAAAGCUCGGACGAUCACCUUCGGAAUUUUAUACGGCUAGAACUGAAUUCCACACACAAUCUUCUCUUCAUAUUCAUGGUUGGUGAUGGAAUCCUCAACGUGACGCUCCGCUCUCCUGUGCCUCUAAAUGACAACGAGUGGCACUUUGUCCAAGCCGAAAUCAACGUCAAACUCGCACGGAUCAAGGUUGACUACCAGCCAUGGGCUGUGCGCCGCUUCCCAGGUCAGACGUUUGUCACCAUGAAAUUCACCCAACCUCUGAUCGUUGGGUCAAGAAACUUCACCCAGAAACCGUUCCUGGGGUGUUUGCGAGGUUUACGGAUGAACGGUGUCCCACUGGAUUUGGAGGGGAAGGUAGAUGAAGAACGGGGUAUCAGAAGGAACUGUACUGGACAGUGUCUGAAUGCCACCAUACCAUGUCGGAACAGUGGGCAGUGUAUAGAAGGCUAUGCCUCCUACACUUGCGACUGCAACAACACGGCAUUCGAUGGAUUCUACUGCCAUAAAGAUAUUGGGGCGUACUUUGAGAUCGGCUCCUGGUUGAGGUAUAACAUCCGUAAAAAGCCCGUCUCAGACGAGGCAGCGUGGGCCAACUGGAUCGAUCCGCACUAUGACAACUUCAGCCUCGGCUACAACGAUACAGCAGAUGACAUCGAGUUUAGCUUCAGCACCGUCCACGCGCCAGCCGUCCUGCUCUACAUCAGCUCAUUUGUCCAAGACUACAUCGCCAUCAUCCUGAAGCCUGAUGGUUCUGUGGAUCUGAGGUACAAACUAGGUCUCAUCACUCACAAGUACCAGCUGACUCAUCGAAACCUGGCAGAUGGAUUUCCUCACUACAUAAAUAUAACGAGACACAACCGGACCAUAAAAUCGCAGGUGGAUUACAUGGAGCCCAUAGUGGAUAAGAUAACGCUAGUGGAGGAUGCUCGGUUCGAUUCGCCAAAGUCCAUGUACAUGGGACGAGUAAUGGAGGUUGGAGACAUCGACUACGAGAUCCAGAGACACAAUGCACCAGGUUUCAUCGGCUGCAUAUCUGGAGUCAGAUAUAAUGUCUACGCUCCUCUCAAGGCUUUUUUCCGUCCUAAUGAAACCGAGCCUCCGGUGACGACACAAGGGAUCGUGACAGAGUCCGUCUGUGGGGCUUUUCCGCCAGUGCUGGGUUACGUACCGUGGGAGGCCGAUCCUUGGUUCACCAGCAUCGAAUACAUAUACAUCCACGAUGACCUUGGCUUGUUCUGGAUAAUAGUGAUAUCCGUCCUGGCGCUGCUGCUGCUCCUGGUGGGCCUGUACACCAUCUACGUGUACGCGUACCAACAGAAGGGCAGCUACCUGACCAACGAGCCCAAAAAUCUGGAGUCGCCCAGUAGCUCCAGACCGCUGACCGACACCCUCAGGAGAGAAAAGAAGAGCCUGCAGGGGCUAGAAGAGGAGUUCAGGGGCAACUGACCUCAGGGUGGACGCUUGGUGGGUUUGGCGGGGGGAGAGGGAAAUAGAACCUACAACACAACAGUAUUGUUUUCUAUCAUUUAACUUCGGUUUGAGUUAUGGGUUUUUUGAUGCCUGGUGCUCUUUUUGGUCUUCGAAAGUCAAGCCAGAUAUCGUGAGAGGAGUGUGUCGCAGGGUGAAAUACUGAAGUGCCUCGUCUGAGCAAGCUUGAUCCAAAAUAACAGCUUCUUAAGAUAGAGAUUAAACUGCGACAACGGGGCGGUUAUUUAUAUUCCUAUUAUGUUCUCAUUUUGCCAUUUUUACAUACCGAUAUCCAGCUAUUACCAUCGAAACAUACCUUCUGGACGACAAUCUUGAACGGAGCCACAUUAUGUCUCACAACAUCUGACAUAAUCAAAACACUGAAACACUAAAAGUAAGACAGGGUGCAUUAUAGAAAAAAGCAGUCUCUCCAGUGUGGACUCCAAAUCCAAGACCCAGCAACUCGGGCUGUCAUUUACUCAAUAUUUUGGGCAGAUUUUCUCUAUAAUUUAGUGGUUUAUAAAAGAGAAAGGUGGUUUAAUUCUGGUGACUUUGGCAUCCUAUCAAAAAUAUUUGUGUGUGUGCAGUCAUUGCCUUCACCAAUAUACAUGACAGAGGUCCCAAGUACUGAUCUCUGCCUGGCUGUUUUAAGACUGAAGUAUACCUACUCUUAUCAUCUUGUCUGCUCUUCUCUCUGUCAUGCAACAUUUAUAUGGGACUAGACCAGCUUACAUUGGCUUUGAAAAAAAAUAUUGGCUGAAAAAAAGAAUGUCGGCAUUGAAAAAAAGUAUAAGUAUAUUCUUUUUUAAAAUUUUAAUACCAUUCUAGUUUUCUACACCAAUACAGAAAUGUUUCAGACAAUAUUCUGUUUUUCAAUUCCUAUAUUGAUUUUUGGGCCAAUAUUUUUUUUCAAUGCUAAUAUUAUUCUUUUCAGCCAAUAUUUUUUUUUCUUCAAUGCCGAUGUUUGUCUUUCGAGUUCUCUACAAGGUGGCACUGUUUUAGCGCGGAGGGCAGAGGGCGUGGGAAGGGGCGGGGUUUGCGCUGUGUCUAUAUGUCAUUUGCAUAUUGGUGUAACGUUCAGUGUUCGACAGUGCUCAGUGAAGCUCAUGCGCCACGUCGAAGACGUCAAAUUCCACUUCCUUGUUGAUUCUACUAUUUGUAGUGUUAGAGAUACGUUAUAACAUGCCAGUUCAGGUGGACACUGCUAACUAACUUGCUGGCUCUGUUUUUCAAUAUGGUUCCUCCACCGCUAAAUAUGUCAGCUGGAGAAGGCAGUUGUAGAUAGGAUUGGUUUUCUCAUUUACAUCUGUAGAUCGCCAAUCCAACCAAUAUGAAGUACUUUAAGGCGCGACUGGUCACGUCCAGGCGCGCUGUAUUUCUAAAACUGCAGUGUUGCAUGCACGAGAAUGAAUGGAAAAAUAACUUACCUGAGGUUCUGAAGUGGAAUUCAACAUCUUCGACAAGCGCAUUUACGGCGCCCCAGACCUGCCAGAGUAAAAAUAAAAAUUAAACAGUAAAUGGUGGGAACGAAAUACUAAGCCAUGCCCACGAAAUGUGUAAAAUGUGCGCACUGAUCUGUGAACUGGAAUGUGGAACUGUGGAUCAGAAAAUGGCUAGUGAACCACGGGGAUGUGCUAUACUUCAGCAAAGUCACGUGACCUGAUGCCAUACCUGAGUAUGUAUAUAUAUAUAUAUAUAUAUAUAUAUAUAUAUAUAUAUAUAUAUAUAUAUAUAUAUAUAUAUAUACACAUAUAUAUACUGAGGCAUGUUUAGACCGUCACCUUGAACGCCGCUGAAGCCAGCAGGCACGCCAUGAAUCACGGUGUUCGAGAGCGGCCAGCGCUCAAGGAAUCAGGGCCAAAAGAUGGUUGUGCCGGCCCUAAACAACACUUGUUCCGUUGGAUCACUUCACUGGCCCCAU